UUUAUAGCAAGUUCCUAUAUUGAGCACAAUUCAGAUCUCUUUUCAUUCAUUAAAAUCCAUAUAUAAUGAUAUCAUAAGCUACCUUUUUUUAAAGCAAACCCAGAAUUCACGUGCUACUUAGGUGUAAUUCAUCUGUGUGAAGGAAAAAAAAUAAGGUAUUUUGAGAUGGGUAGGUGGAACGAGUUUGUUGGGGUUUUGUUGAGCAUUGCAUUGGUGGUGGUUGUGGUGGCAGUGGAAGGGUAUCCGGCGGAGGAUCUGGUGGUGAAAUUGCCCGGUCAGCCGCGGGUUGGGUUUAAGCAAUAUGCUGGGUAUGUUGAUGUGGAUGUAAAUGCUGGGAGGAGCUUGUUUUAUUACUUCGUUGAAGCUGAUAAAGAUCCUGACAAGAAGCCACUAACUCUCUGGCUCAAUGGAGGGCCGGGGUGUUCCUCCGUUGGUGGGGGUGCUUUUACUGAACUCGGUCCAUUUUAUCCUCGAGGUGAUGGCCGAAGCCUUCGGAUAAACUCAAUGUCAUGGAAUAAAGCAUCAAACCUCCUGUUUGUUGAGUCCCCUGUUGGUGUAGGAUGGUCUUACUCAAAUACCUCUUCGGAUUUAAUUCGUGGGGAUGCUUCCACUGCCAGGGAUAUGCAUAUUUUCAUGAUGAAUUGGUAUGAGAAGUUCCCAGAACUUAAGUCCAGAGAACUGUUUCUUACUGGAGAAAGUUAUGCAGGGCAUUACAUACCACAGUUGGCUGAAGUUCUACUAGAUCAUAAUGCAUAUUCAACUGGUUUUAAGUUUAACAUCAAAGGAGUUGCCAUCGGGAAUCCGCUUCUCAGACUUGACCGGGAUGUUCCGGCGACAUAUGAAUUCUUCUGGUCUCACGGGAUGAUUUCUGAUGAAGUCGGGCUUACUAUCAUGAAUGAUUGCGAUUUCAAUGAUUAUACCUUUGAAAGUCCUCAUAAUGUAUCCCAGUCCUGCAACAAUGCCAUAGCUGAAGCAAAUAGCAUCGUUGGUGAUUACAUAAACAGUUAUGAUGUCAUUCUAGAUGUUUGUUAUCCAUCUAUUGUAGAACAAGAACUACGAUUGCGGAAAAUGGCCACAAAGAUGAGUGUUGGUGUGGAUGUGUGUAUGAGCCUUGAAAGGCGUUUCUACUUUAACCUCCCUAAGGUUCAGAAGGCACUUCAUGCCAAUCGCACCAAAUUACCUUAUCCUUGGAGCAUGUGCAGUGAUCAAUUAAGGUACAAUGACACUGAUGGUAACAUAAACAUCCUUCCUAUUCUCAAAAGAAUUAUCCAAAAUGGACUUCCUGUCUGGAUAUUUAGUGGGGAUCAAGACUCGGUUGUGCCACUGCUCGGCUCAAGAACACUGGUUCGUGAACUAGCUAAUGAUUUGAAGUUCAAGAUUACAGUUCCGUAUGGAGCUUGGUUUCACAAACACCAGGUUGGAGGUUGGGUGACCGAAUAUGGCAAUUUAUUGACCUUUGCCACUGUGAGGGGGGCUGCACAUAUGGUACCAUAUGCACAACCAUCAAGAGCCUUGCAUCUAUUCAGUUCAUUCAUACAUGGCCGGCGACUGCCGAAUAACACACAUCCUCCCGUACAAGAAUGAGAGAAUACUGCAACCGAACGGCAACAGUCUGAUAGAGUUGCAAGUUAAUUAAAGCUUCAGAAUUUGCUCAUCUCCAAAAGGUAAUAAGAGAAUACGGGCGUCGUCACCAGAAGGAAAAGAU